UCCUGAGGUCCCCGCUUUAGGUCUCGGGGCGGUUGUUGAGGGGAGAAGGGAGUGGGCGGAGGACUUCCCGGAGCCGAGGAUUCAGCCCCCUUUGGCGUCUCAGCGGCUCCUCGGGCUGGAGGGCUGCGGGGUGGCUGGUCCCGGACCCGGAGCUGCUCGCCGGUCCCGCCCACUUCGCUGGAAGCUGCAGGACUGCUUUCCUGAAACGUAAUGGAUCGGAGAAGAAGGCCGGCCUGGGGAAGCGGCUGGGAGGCGGAAAAGUCCGCAGGAGAGCGCAGGUGAGGCUGACUAAAAUUGAGAUUCAUUCUGCCAAGCUGGAGAAUGGCGAUCGUGAAGCUUGCUGAUCGAGGAGAAACAACCGCAAAAUUAGCAUCCUUCUAGAAGAGAAGCUUUGGUUCAUGUGCCUGACGGACAGUGGGGCCAAGCAAACUGAAAUGUUGGAAUUUGGAGCAGAGAAAGGUUUACUGCAAGGCCAAACAAGGAGAGGAGGGAUAGGAGAGUGAUACUCCACCCAGAAUGGAAGUGUGUCCUUACUGUAAGAAGCCAUUUAAACGACUGAAAUCCCACUUGCCGCACUGUAAGAUGAGAGAACCAGCUAUACCUGCUGAUGGAGAGGUUUGUCAGCCCAAGCCAGCUACACUCCCACAUGCUAAGAAAAUCAAAGGACCAAUCAGAGGCCUAAUUAAAGCUAAAGAGAGAGGGCUAGGGACAGACAGUGAGAAAAGAAAUCCUGAAUUGAAAGGAGACAAAUCAGAACAGACAGUGAAGUCCUCUCCACUACUAGCCGUUGGUUUGGAAAAAGCAAGUAGUACAAAGGCCAGUAAAGCCAUCAAGAAUCAAAUUCAACCCUCCUUCAAAAUGUUAAAAAAUACUGAACCAAAGAUUACUCUCCAGGGAGAAACUACAGCUCAGUUUUCUGCAUCAGGGAACACCACGCCUAAAAAAGGACUUGCCAAAGAUUUGCCUAAAUCAGGGAAAAGUAGAAAUGAUCCUUCAGAAACUGAAGCAACUUUAUCUCUUGGCCCAAUGGAACCUUCAUUGUCAAAUCAAGACAGCAAAUAUUCUUCCGUCUUCCCUAAUGAUGUACAAGCCACUUCUGCUGAUUUAAGAUUGGAUAAGAUUGAUUCCCCAAGACAGAACCUUCUAGUAAAAUUACUAGAUACGUCUGAUGAUUAUCAUAGUUCUCCCAUGAAUCUCAGUUAUGCAGUCAAAAGGGUAAACACAUCAUCAUCAGGCAGUGAGAGAAAUUCCAAGGCCAGGAAUCAGCGCUCUGAAGUGUAUGCUGAUGUUAAGGACUCGGGGGCUCAGGGAAAGAACACAGGAUCACAAGUUGCAGCUUUUAAAAUUAACCCAUUAGGUCAAAUCCAGGUCAUGGAGAACCAGGGAAAAGGACUUAACCUUGGAGCAGAAGCAUGUGGAGGCAAAGAGAAUGCAGAGAACAGUGUAUUUGUGACAGAGAUGGAGGAAUGCUCUUCCAUGAGCGAUGACUCUAAGAAGGCCUUUAGUACCAAUUCAGUCACGGAGAAGAAAUUUCAAGAUGAACGUCCCAGUUUAAACCUGUUCACACCAGCAGAGACAACUCAAAAUGAGCUUCUUUCUGUAUCACGGUCACACAAUCAAAGUCUUCCUUCUCUGGCUGUAAAAUUUCUCCAGGAAGAGAAAGCAGAAGCCUGCAGUCAUAAUCCAGUCUCCGCUGUAAAGGCAUUGAUGAAGAGAGAGGAACAAGCAUCUCUGGCACCCGAAUUGGGCUGUCAGCCCCAAGCAUUGCACUUUAGGGACCAGCAGUCUUCAUAUUCCACCCAGCAUCACGCUUCUACAAGCUCCUCUGCCGGUCAGAUCAGUGUCACCAACCAGAAGACCCUGUCGAGCUCUCUAGGACUGGAAUGGUUUCCAGAGCUCUAUCCUGGUUAUCUUGGACUUGGGGUGUUGCCAGGGAAGCCUCAGAAUUGGAACAUGAUGGCCCUGAAGCCUCUGCUCUUCAGUCGCCAGGGGGAAAGAUUCUCACAAGUUCCUUUGUUGGAAAGAAGUUCGACGGCAGUGAGGAGUUUGGAACCCCCGACCAGACUCACAACCUCCAACUUCUCUCUAAUGAGGUUCUUGGGAGCUCUCCAAAAAGGCUGGAUCAGGUGCAGCACCACCGUGAAGUGUGGAGUCGGUGGCAUCACGAUGCUGUUUGCAGGAUACUUUGUCCUUUGUUGUAGCUGGAGUUUCAAGCAUCUGAGUAAGCUGUUCUGUAUUUUCAGCCUAAAUUACAGGUCACAUCCCAUCAUAGGCACCUCCGGGGGAUUUUCCGAAUUGCUUUCUGUAUGUCAGUUUGGCAUUAUCUGACUUGCCCUAGUGAAUGAGCUGUUGCCUGAGGCUCUGGGGUUUUUUCCUUAGAGGUUUUGGUUAUAUAAAUGGCCUUAUAAGAUUUGACUAGAAUUUACAUAACUGCUUUUAUGCUCCAUUUAAGGCUGUCACUGGAGAUCUGGUAAGCUUGUGUUUUUUCCCUAAAGCUGUUUGCUUGUUAAAAGAUAGGGCUCUUCUCCUUGGUCACUCAAUUCCUACCUGAGAACUUUCUUAAGAUUGAAACCAGAUAGCUUUAUACCUCACAAGAGAGGGGGCUAAACAGAACACAGCUGUCACUCGUCAGUGUGUCUGAGGCUUAGAGCUGUUUUAGUUAAUCUACUUUCAACAUUAAAAAGCAAACACCUUUUGAGGUAAGACUUUCAGCUUGGACCAGAUCUUACCAGAAAGGAAAUGCCUGGAUUUCAUUGUUCUGUUAGCUCCAAAUAACUUUUGCUCAUUCUUUAAAGUAUUGGUUUAUAAAAAUAUAUCCUAAUUGUUAAAAAUGAGGAAAAACUACCAGGAAAGGCCCAGUAUUCCUCUGCAAUUUAAGAAAGAAGCCCACUUUCAAAUGAAAACUUUCAGUGUAAAAGUAUAAAAUAACCAUUCAUACUGGAGACCAAUAGAAUUCACAAACUUUUAAAGUAUCAGAUUUGACUGUAAUUGGAUGUUUUGGCUAAUUCAGUGCCAGCACAUAGGAGAGCUGGUCAGGCAGCGGAAGUGUGUCCGCAGCAGGCUUCCAUGCUGAGCAGCAGGGCGUAGCCGCCGGCCCCGGUAUAACACAGUUGGCCGUUGGUGAGAAAGAGGAGCUCCUUUCUGAUCAUCCCCUCAAAAAUGGAGAUGCCCGAAACCUCGAGUCGUUCCUUUCACUGGGAGAAGGCCUUCCCUGAAAGCUUUACCUGCCCGAAGGGAUCACGGAGGUGAUGCUGGAGGUUAUUUUUCCCUUCUCUAAAAUGAGACUGAAGAAAGUGAGGCAGAAACAUUUUGUGGUGCCUAAAACAAAAAUAGAAUGAGCGAUAGAGGCAAGAGAUAGGAACGGUCAAUAGCGUGGCCUUUGGGACCUUACGUUUAUCUCUGUUUAUCCAAAGAGCUGCAGCGCUGGCGUAAGUAACAUUGACCUGAAACCACUUAAGAAAGCUUUGCAGCUCCAAGGAGAGCGCGGUGGAGACAGCUGCAGCGUGUAUUUAACAGCGUAAACUUGUGGUGGGGGCAGGGGAGGGUGAAAAGAAUAAAAUUACUGGAAUCUAAUAAUUAUACAGGAAGCAUGUUUUUUUAAAUGUGGACAGAUCUGGUGCUGUCUGCAUAUUUCUUUGGCUUGUUCUCAAAAGAGACAAAGUUACUGGAAAAAAAAUUCAGAAGAUGACAGAGUUCAGUGUUAAAAUUUUUAAAUAAGCUUUUUAUUUCCUAAUACUCAGUAAAAACUAGCAUCUCAAUUUUAAAUCUUUCCCGAAAAUUGUUCUCUGUGUCUUGGCAUUUUGCCAUUCAUCUAAACUAGAGACUGGGCUACAUGUACGCUGAUUCAGUGUAGUGUCUGAAGUGGCGGAAAAUCGGGACACAUCAGGCCCUUUCCCUUGGGAAUGGGCAGGCUCUCUUGGGUCGCUGACCAGGCCUUGGCAGAUGUGAGGCACAAAAAGCAGGGUUGGGGCUCAGAGUUGCAGGGGAGCCCAUGAAACGUCCUUGGCAGAUAGUUUUAAGCUGAUUAAAACAGCACACUAAGCAGGAUGUUGAAUCACCUUGUCUACAUCUUAAGCAUCAUAGUGAGCAGAUGCGAUUCUUUUCAGAAUCCCACCCUCCCCCCUCCCAAGAAUUUCAGUGAAAUAAUCAAAUAUUCCUUUCACUUUGUUAGUCUUGUUGGCUGGAGGGGUUUUUUGUGUCUUCCCUCAUCAAAAUUUUCAGCGAUUUUUAAAUUGUAUGACUUCUGCUUUGGUCCCUAGAGAGAAACUUGGCUACUGUGAAAGGCUGUGAGGGAAUUUAAUUGGGAUAGCACAGCUGGAUGACUUUUCCAACACCGGGCGUUGACUGUGUAUCAUAUAUAGAUAUGCCCCUACCUGUCAGUCCUUCUGUCUGUGUCAGCCUUGCUUGUGAUGUCCUCAGGCCAGAAGCCAGGCGUGCCAUUUCUCUUGUUCCAGCUCCCUCAGAAUGACAGAAAAGCAGGCGUGCUGUUUGAGGGCCAACAUUUGUGUGUUGCCUCAUCGUCCUUCUCUCUUCCCAUAACCUGAGCUGCUUUGUCUCCCAUGUCUAUUCUCCCAUCCCCUGUCCCCUUCUCCCUCUCUAAUUAUCCACCGUGGGAGUAAUUUAAUUCUGCCUCAAAUCCUCAUGGUUAAGGAAAAGGUACACUAGAAUUCCCCAUAGGGGAAAACUCAAGGUUGAGGGAGAGUGUACUACAGGUCUGUAUUUUAAUGACUGAGAAUGUCAUCAGAACUCCAAAAACAAGGUCUCCUUUUGGAGUGGCUUUGUGGCCAUUCUUUAACGCCCUUUGAGAGAGACAGUCAGGGAGGGAUUCUCCCUGCACCUCCGCUAUGGCCUUUCUCUACAUCCGAAACGCUCAGGGUACAAAAGUAGAUGAGAAUGACCGCUCCGCUGCGUCCUCUUCCCCGGCCCCCUGCAGCAGGGGUCAGCAGACCACGACAGCCCACGGGCACGAGCCAGCACCCGGCCUGUUUCUGUGAUGUCUCCCUGGAACACAGCCCUGCUCCCUCGGCUAGGUGCUGGCUGUGGCUGCCUCCACGCUGCAGAGGCAGGCAGAGCCCCCAGCGCCUGCAGAGCUGAGAAUGGUUCCUCUCUGGCCCUUUUCAGAAGGCAAGCCGGCCCCAGCCCUAGACGAGCAC